UCAAGAUGGCGGACGUGGCGGACCCCUCUCGACCCGGCGCGGCGGCGUUCUGGAGCCGCGACUUUUCUGAUGAAGAACAGUCAGUAGUGUAUGUUCCAGGAAUUUCUACAGAAGGAAAUAUCAGAUCAAGACACAAGAUGGUGAAUCCAAAAGCUGAUGUUAAACUUAAGACUUCCAGGGUGACUGCUACUUCAGUCUCCAUGGAGUCUUUAAAAGGUGCAGGAGAUUCAGUAGAUGAACAGAAUUUCUGCAGGGGAGGAAUAAAGAGUGCAUCAUUGAAGGAUUUAUGUCUUGAAGACAAAAGACGCAUUGCAAACUUAAUUAAAGAACUGGCCAGAGUAAGUGAGGAAAAGGAAGUAACAGAAGAAAGACUCAAAGCUGAGCAGGAAUCAUUUGAGAAGAAGAUCAGGCAGUUGGAAGAACAGAAUGAACUGAUCAUAAAAGAAAGGGAAGCUCUUCAACUACAGUAUAAAGAAUGCCAAGAACUUCUAAGCCUCUAUCAGAAAUAUCUAUCAGAACAGCAGGAGAAGCUCACUGUGUCUCUCUCAGAACUUGGUGCUGCUAAAAUUCAGGAACAACAGGUAUCCAAUAGGAAAAGCACUCUCUGGUCUUCAUCUGUGGAACUGGAUGGUUCCUACUUGAGUGUAGCCAAACCACAAACCCACACUCAAACCAAGCAAAGGCCUAAGUCUGCAAAUCAGGACUCAGCUUCAGAAUUCCUUGCGGAAUUUAGGAAUAAUUCUUUGAAACCAGCAGCCCUUCAUUAUCCCAAGGAGGAUGUCGACAAGGUGCCAUCAGAGACCAGAACAUGUAAUUAUGGAUCCCCAGGGAAAAAACUAGUAGAUGCAGUCCCUACAGAGAAAGUUCCACCAGAGGACCUGAAGAUGAAGGAAUGCCAACACCUCAAGGCUACUCCAUCUAGUCAGUGUUGUGGUCAUAGACUUUCUGAAAAUGUGGAUCAUGUUCAUGAGAGCCAUCCGACAAACAUGGUCCCUCAAUAUUCCAAGACACAUCUGGAAUCAUGCAGGUAUUGUGGGCUUUCCUGGGCAUCUCUGAUGCGUGGCCAAGGGGCACUGCAGCCUAGUGAAACAGAUGUCAAAAAGCAGCUCUCAGAAGAUAGAAGGCAGCAACUCAUGCUUCAGAAAAUGGAGCUGGAAAUUGAAAAGGAACGCCUUCAGCAUCUACUGGCCCAGCAGGAGACAAAACUACUCCUAAAGCAGCAGCAGCUUCAUCAGUCUCGACUGGACUAUAACUGUUUAUUGAAGUCAAAAUGUGAUGGCUGGACGCUUGGAACAUCAUCAUCCAGCAAAAAGUACCAAGACUUCACUAACAAUGGAGAGAAUAGAAGGGAGAAGAAGACAGUUGGGUUUCAGUCACAUAUGGAAGAUGAUGCCCUGUGGACAGGUCAAAAGAAAGAUGCAUAUCAACCCCAAAGAGGGACAAUGGCAGAAGUUAGAAAAGAUGUGUCCACAUCUCCUAUGACAACAGGAAGCCAAAAGGAGCUUGUAAUCACAACCACAGCAUCAUUGCAACAUGGCACCCCCAGGUAUGAGACAUCUCUAUUGGAUUUGGUUCAAUCUCUGAGUCCCAAGACUGCUUCCAAACCGCGGCCCCAUCGCUCCAGAGAAGCUGGGUCAUGGCAUCACAGUACUUGCCUAUUCAGUCCUCUGAAAUCAACCUGGAACAAGACCAGGGCACGCAGGACCCCUGAAGACCUGGAGGAGGAUCAAAUUCUGGAAGAUAUCUUUUUCAUUUGACACUGAAGCACAUGCUGCAAAAUUUCCAUCAGAAAUGAGUGGGUGUUUUUAUAUACUGAUCCAGGAUUUUUAAUUAUUUGACUGCAACGU